AUGACUUUCUGGAAGCAUUUGUUUGACAACCGCGAAGCAAUAUUCGAUGGCGGUUCGCUAAACACUAAUAACUUGAAGGCUUGGAAACUAAACCGGACGAACAAUUUAGCUGAACUUGAACACAAAAUGUUUCUCGCUUUGACUGAAGGGGAGGUGACUCAAGUGUCAACAGAUACAAGUUGUAGUCUUGUGUGUACAAUUUUUGAUUUGCGCGCCUCAGAGUUGAAUAACACCGUAAAAGCCGAAGCAGAUAUACUUGUGUUCAAUCGUGUACCAAAAACUGGUAGCAUUCAAAUGAUUGAACUAAUGAAACAAUUGGGAAGUGUACAUAACUAUGAAGUUGUUGUCGAUCCUCAAAAUGCUGGCGUUCGUCCCAUACUGAGCGAGAAUGAUGAAGAGGAUUUGAUUAAAAAUAUUACGCAAUUAGAAGAUCGUGCUGUCUUUGCUAGUCAUGUAAAUUAUUUAGAUUUUAAAAAAUAUGGCAAACCACGUCCAAUUUAUGUGAACUUGGUGCGCGAUCCAAUAGAACGUGUUAUUAGUUGGCAUUACUAUAUUCGAUUGCC